GGCGCCCUGGCUCUCCUGAGCCGCUGGUACCGCUGGCAAAAAAAAAAAGAUGGGAAAAUCAGAUAGACAUCUACCGAGGAACUAACAUAAAAUGACGGUUUUUGCAGCAGUUUUCCAUUUGACAGAGGAUUCGGCGUUGGCACCGAUUUGAGCUCCAGCAGGCAACGAGAAAGAUUGGGGUCAUAUUCUUUAACACUGGACAGCUCCUGUAUGAAGAGGAGAGUCUGUCAGCCUUGUCUCAGCAUCAGACCUCAUAAUUUAUCAUGAACAUUGUGUCCACGGUCACCAGUUGAGGAACGAUAACUACCAAAUAUUCUCACAACAACCGGUGGAAGGCACAACUACAAAAUCAGCAAGACUAUACAAAUAUAUAAAGAGAAACUUGAGGCAGUUCUUGAGUUUUGCGAUCAGCUUCGAAGAUGUACGGUAGUGCCCGCUCUGUCGGCAGAGGGGAUGCCAACCAUAGUGGAGGAAGAGAUGGAGGUGGCACUGGAAGUCAGGGAUCUGGCCGUUCCCCUCGCCUUCCCCGCUCUCCUCGGAUGGGACACCGUCGCACCAACAGCACCGGAGGCAGUGGAGGGGGUCCCGGUGGAGCAGGAGGCAAGACGCUUUCCAUGGAGAACAUCCAGUCCCUCAACGCUGCGUACGCCACCUCAGGACCAAUGUACCUGAGUGACAAUGAAGUUGCCAUGGCAGGUGACCACCUCCCCAAAAGUGGUGGGACAGUGACGACCAUGGGGAGGCAGAGGGUGACAUAUGGCUCAAGGGGCAGCAACAGUGGAGUUGUUGCUGCCAGCACCCCCAACAUCUCCACCUCAGUGCCUGGCAAUGCUGUCCUGCCAGCAGGCAUGAUGGCAGGUGAUGCUCUAGCUUUUGGGGACCACCACAUGGCCUCCACUGUGCCCCAUUCUCUGAGGCAGGCCAGAGACAACACCAUACUGGACCUGCAGGCCCAACUCAAAGAGGUCCUGCGUGAGAAUGAGAUGCUGCGGCGAGAAGUGGAAGUUAAGGAGAGCAAGCUCAGUUCCUCUAUGAAUUCAAUCAAGACCUUCUGGAGUCCAGAAUUAAAAAAGGAGCGAGCUCUCAGGAAGGAUGAAGUUUCUAAGAUCACCGUCUGGAAGGAACAAUACCGCGUGAUUCAAGAUGAGGCACAGCAUCUUCAGAUGACCGUCCAGGCUCUUCAGGAUGAGCUGAGGAUCCAGAGGGACCUGAACCAGCUGUUCCAGCAAGACCCUGCCAACCAAGGCCGGGACCUGGCCCUGACAUCUGAACCCACAGAGGAGAACUACCGGCGGCUACAGGCCGAAUAUGAGAGGCAGUCCAAAGAGCUCUUCCUCCUCAGAAAGACCCUGGAGGAGAUGGAGUUGAGGAUUGACACGCAGAAGCAAACCCUGGGAGCCAGAGACGAGUCCAUCAAGAAACUUUUGGAGAUGCUGCAGAGCAAAGGGCCAUCUGCCAAGGCAUCAGAGGAGGACCAGGAGCGGACCAGGAGGCUGGCUGACGCAGAGAUGCACAGGCAUCACCUUGAGAGUUUACUGGACCAGAGAGACAGGGAGAUUUCUGCACUGCGAGAGCAGGAGCUGCACCGUCGAUAUGAGGGAACCCCUGAGUCCACCAAAACUAAGGCUCUACAGACUGUCAUCGACAUGAAGGAUGCAAAAAUCAAUUCAAUGGAGCGGGGCCUGAGAGACAUGGAAGAGGAGCUGCUAAUGCUGAAAUCCAAUGGACUCCUGAGCUGCGAAGAGCGCCAGGAGGAGAUGAAGCAGAUGGAGGUCUACCGCAGCCACACUAAGUUCAUGAAGAACAAGAUGGAGCAGGUGAAGCAGGACCUCUCCAGGAAGGACACUGAGCUGCUUGGUUUGCAGACCAAGCUGGAGACGCUCACCAACCAGUUCUCAGACAGCAAGCAGCACAUUGAAGUUCUCAAGGAGUCCCUUACUGCCAAGGAGCAGAGAGCUGCCAUCUUACAAACGGAGGUGGAUGCCUUACGUCUGCGCUUGGAAGAGAAGGAGGCGACUCUGAAUAAGAAGAGCAAGCAGAUACAAGAAAUGUCAGAAGAGAAGGGCACACUCAACGGGGAGAUCCACGACCUCAAGGACAUGCUGGAGGUUAAGGAGCGCAAAGUUAAUGUGCUACAGAAAAAGAUUGAGAACCUCCAGGAGCAGCUGAGGGACAAGGAGAAGCAGAUGAGUAGCCUGAAGGAGCGAGUGAAGUCUUUGCAAGCGGACACCUCCAACACUGACACUGCUCUUACCACACUGGAGGAGUCUCUUGCGGAAAAGGAACGCAUCAUUGAGCGUCUAAAGGAGCAGCGAGACAGAGACGACCGGGAAAAGACAGAGGAACUUGACUCGAACAAGAAGGAACUGAAAGAGUUAAAGGAGAGACUGAGUUUACUGCAGGGAGACCUGUCAGACAGAGAGACGUCUCUGUUGGACCUGAAGGAGCAUGCAUCAUCCCUGGCUUCCUCAGGGCUAAAGAAGGACUCUAAACUCAAGAGUAUGGAGAUUAUCUUAGAGCAGAAGAAGGAGGAGUGCCUCAAACUGGAGAACCAGCUUAAGAGAGCCCAAAAUGCAACCCUGGAGGCUCAGGCCAACACGGAGCUGGCCGAGCGCAUUAAGAACCUCGAGCAGGAAGUGGCUCGCCACAAAGAGGACUCUGGGAAGGCCCAGGCUGAGGUGGACCGCCUGCUAGACAUCCUUCGGGAAAUGGAGAAUGAGAAGAAUGACAAGGACAAAAAGAUCAAUGAGCUGGAGAGUCUGACCUCCAGGCAGAUGAAGGACCAGACGAAGAAGGUGGCGUCCCUGAAGCACAAGGAGCAGGUGGAGAAGAGUAGGAAUGCCCGACUCAUGGACGAGGCCAGGAAGAGGGAGGACAACCUGUCUGAGAACUCACAGCAGGUGAAGGACACUCUGCGUCAAAAGGCGGAGCGCAUUGAGGAGCUGGAGGAGGCCUUGAGGGAGAGUGUUCAGAUCACCGCUGAGCGGGAGAUGGUGCUGGCACAGGAGGAGGCUGCCAGGUCACUUCAGGAGAAACAGAUGGAGGAGCUGCUGGGGGCCAUGGAGAAGGUGAAGCAGGAGCUGGAGUCAAUGAGGGCCAAGCUGGCCUCCACCCAGCAGUCUCUGUGUGAGAAAGAAGCACACCUCUCAACCCUGCGAGCUGAGCGCAGGAAACACCUGGAGGAGGUGCUGGAGAUGAAGCAGGAGGCGCUGUUGGCUGCGAUCAGCGAGAAGGACGCUAACAUCGCCCUGCUGGAGUUGUCCUCCUCUAAGAAGAAGAAGACCCAGGACGAGGUGGCUCUGCUGAAGCGGGAGAAAGACAGACUGGUGCAGCAGCUCAAACAGCAGACUCAGAACAGAAUGAAACUAAUGGCAGACAACUAUGAGGAUGAUCAUCUGAAGACUGCCCCUGACCAGACAAAUCACAAACCCUCUCCAGAUCAGAUGAUCCCCCCUCUUCUAGCCCUGUCCCAGAACCGCAGUAAGCUCAAGCUCUAUAUCGCCCACCUGACAGACCUCUGCCAUGACCGGGACCCCAGCAUCCUCAGCCAGCUCACGCCGCCCUCUCACUACCACCACAGUGACCCAGAAGACUGGGAGAAGGAUCUCCAGAAGAUGACUGUCGAACAGUUGGAGCGAGAGCUGGAGGUGUGUGAGAAGGAAAGCGGGGAGCUGCAGGAGUACGCUAACUCUGUCCUCCAGCAGAUCGCAGACUACUGCCCCGACAUCCUGGAGCAGGUCGUCAAUGCCCUGGAGGAGUCGUGCUGA